CUCUGGCGUCCUCCCCUCUUCGCCUAUUGUGUUGUGAAGUGGCAUUCAGCCAUCGCGACGCCGACGACAAGCAAGCCUUCUCCUGGGUGUCGUCGGGGUACGCGGUGUCUGCACUUUUGGGCCCUUCCUUGGGAGGGGUUUCCUAUGGUAAGGAGUUGUCUUGGCCACAGAUCAUGAAGCUUUCGUGGACUUUGCCAUGGCUCCUGAUUGCGUUGACUUACUCGAUGUGUCUCUUGGUCGUCCUAUUCUUGCUGCCCGAGACCGCGUUCCUCCCGGACAGGGAUCUCCAGCGAAGUCCUGUUUCGCAGGCUACGACGAACUUGUUCACAGAUAGAGGGUUUCUUCUCGUCAUGGCCAUGGCGUGGGGCCAUUCGUACGUCUUUACAGGAUGGGAAACAACAUACCCCACUCUGGCAGAGCUCGACGCAGACGAGACGGGCGAAGAUUGGACGACAACGCAGGUCGGAGUGAACUUCCUGGUCGGAGGUGUUGCCCUGGUCACCUACAACGUCCUUCUGUAUACUCGGUUGGCCUCGUCAGUAUCCGUCAGGCGGCUCUGGGUCUGGUCCUGGGCUUUGCCGCUGGUCGUGCUCGUUUCGUUUCCGCGACUGGUGACGCGUCUCAUCUCGCAGGGAGCGAGCGCCGACGGGGUCGCCAUAUUGGUGCUGAACUACGGGAGCCAGAUCGUGAUCAGCGUGCUACUUGGCAGCGGCUUUACCAGCAUCCAGCUGAUCGUGAACGAGCACGUGGCCACCCUCCCGGAUCACAGGAGGCAGCUCGCGUCGGCCAACGGGGUGCUCGCGGCCCUUCAGGCCCUCGCGCGGGCGGUGUCGCCCACGGUCACAGGCUCGCUCUUCUCGUGCGGCUUCAGCGUUUCAUUCCUUUCCCGGUCCACGGCUUUCGACCAUCUUGCUGUGGUUGGGGUCGUCACGGGCGUCCUUUGCGCGCUGCUGUAGUAAUUGCUGAGGAGGGCGCACACUUGUGCGGACUUUCGCUGCAUUCCUUCCUUCUCUUGGCCUAGAGGCGGUGGAGGAACGAUAAUGGGAGCACUGACAACUGCGGCACGCCUCGCUUCCAGUUAGCGGGCAAGUCGGGCCGUGAGUCUGAGCUCAUCCCGUAGAAUCUUGGCGUGGGUUUGGUGGCCUAUUGCCAAGUCUUCUCGCGUCUCGCGUUAGGCACGGCAGCAGCUGUCUUUCAUGCUCCGAUUUCGGGCGGUGCCAGCGCAUUCUGGGCUUAAAACGAGUCCCCGUUUCUGCGGUGACCCCAGGUUUCGUUCGUUGGAACAU